UAUAUAUAUAUAUCAAAAGUGUAUAAAUUGUUCUUAAUUAGAUUUGACGAAUGGGUUGACGAUUGACUUUUAUGAUAUUUUAAUGGUUAGACGCACCAAAAUUUAUGCAAGUUGAAUGUGAUCCUGGAGUUCAGAGAUUUCUCAGGACAGUAAAAAUCAUCAACACCGAUACUGCUGCGGAGCACCUUAACACCAGCAAUCUCCACCUCUUCGAAACCCAAAAUCUCGAAUCGAAACAAGUUCUCUGAGUUUGAAUUGCAAAUUACAAUGCACAGAUCUACAGGAGCAACUUCGAUGGUGUGUAGAAGAAGAAUAUGACAAGAAAUCGAUAGUUGAUUCUCACCAUUGGAAGUGUGGGGAGGAGGAUCACUGAAUGAUUGAUUUCAAAACAACAAUGGAUGUGGAGAGAUCUUCGCUCUGCAAUUGCGUUGUGAACUUCCUCCUCGAAGAGAACUACUUGUUGUCUGCGUUCGAGCUUCUUCACGAGCUUCUCGACGAUGGCCGUGAUGCUCAGGCUAUUCGCCUCAAAGAUUUCUUCUCUGACCCCUCUCAGUUCCCCCCCGAUCAGAUCUCUCGUUUCAAUUCCCUCCGAGUUGCGGACCCCCAGAGUUUGCUAGAAGAAAAAGAAGCACUAGAAGAAAAAUUGGCACUGAGUGAGUAUGCGCUUCGUUUGGCACAAGAGGAUACUUUGAAACUGAAGGCUGAUUUGCAGAAGAAAACUGAAUUGACACCAGAUGAAUUAACUGGGACAAAUGCCAAUGUUUCUGCAAAUAAUGGGGCAGAUUCUCAACAAGGAAAGAGAGAGACUUCCUUUUCUGACUUGGGCCCUUUGAAGGACAAUGAACGUCAAGAUCUCAACUGUGCUGUAAAGGAGUAUUUGCUUUUAGCGGGAUACCGUCUUACUGCAAUGACAUUUUAUGAAGAGGUUACUGACCAGAACCUAGAUGUUUGGGAGACCUCAUCUGCAUGCGUAUCAGAUGCGCUCCGUCAUUACUAUUACCAGUACCUCUCAUCCACUGCAGAGGCUGCUGAGGAAAAAAUUGCGAUGCUUCGAGCAAAUGAGUCUUUGCUAAAAGAAAAUGACAAGCUCAAAAAAGAAAAAGUGUCUUUGCUGAAAAACAAAGAUUUGGCUGAUGGUCAAGUUAUGGUGUUGACAAGAUCCUUGGAAGCUCUGCAGAAGGAUUUGAAAGACAAGGAAAUUCUGGUUCAAGAUCUGAAACAGUCAUUGGAACGCCAAAGAAAGGAACUCAAUGACUGCAGAGCUGAAAUCACUUCACUAAAAAUGCACAUUGAAGGUUCUCGAUCUGGAUGGAAUUUGGUAGCUGGUGAAAUUGAACAUGCGCAAUCAGAGUCCUUAGAAAGCUACAAGGAAGAAAUAAAAUUGCUGCAGAAGGAAAUAGAAAGCUUAAAGGCUGGAAAAUUUAUUGUGACAGAAUCUGUGGAAUCUAUUGAUCAUGAAACAAAGUUUAUAGAGACAAAAGAUGAAGUUGUUGAUUUCCAUGAAAGUAGUGCUGUAGCACCUCCAGUUGACAUGACAUCUGGAGUUCUAGAAACUGUGGGUGCUCAAUUACUUGCAAAUCAAACCUCUGAUGACACCAAUGAUAAAUCCGAUACAGCACCAAGAGAGACAUUAGUAAGUUGUUCAAAUGAUAAUAAUGGUGCUAUUGAGAGUGCUGAGCAUGUCUCCAAACACAAUGGUGAACCAGUACCAGAAGAUAAUGGGCUACUUCUAAAAUCAGACAGUCCAGGUACUGAACCAGUUCCUGAAAAGAUGGGAUUGGAAACCAUUCAGAUCCUAUCGGAUGCAUUGCCUAAAAUUGUUCCUUAUGUUCUAAUCAACCAUCGUGAGGAGCUUCUUCCUCUGAUAAUGUGUGCUAUUGAGCGCCAUCCAGACAGCAGUACACGAGAUUCUUUGACCCACACAUUGUUUAACUUAAUUAAACGACCAGAUGAACAACAGAGACGAAUUAUUAUGGAUGCCUGUGUUACCCUUGCUAAGAAUGUGGGAGAAAUGAGAACAGAGACAGAAUUGCUUCCCCAGUGUUGGGAGCAAAUUAAUCACAUGUAUGAGGAGCGCAGAUUGCUUGUUGCUCAAUCAUGUGGAGAGCUUGCAGAAUUUGUCCGGCCUGAGAUUCGUGAUUCACUCAUCUUGUCUAUUGUGCAACAACUGAUAGAGGAUUCUGCAACUGUUGUCCGUGAGGCUGCUGCUCAUAAUCUAGCUUUGCUGCUUCCACUCUUCCCAAAUGUGGACAAAUAUUUCAAGGUUGAGGAUAUGAUGUUUCAGUUGGUCUGCGAUCCCUCUGGUGCUGUUGUAGAAACUACAAUCAAAGAAUUGGUCCCUGCUUUAAUAACUUGGGGAAACAAAUUGGACCAUGUGUUACGAGUUUUACUCUCUCACAUCUUAAGCUCUGCUCAGAGAUGUCCACCUCUUUCAGGCGUUGAAGGUUCUGUUGAAUCACACCUCCAUGUUCUAGGUGAAAGGGAGCGCUGGAAUGUUGAUGUCUUAUUACGGUUGCUGGCAGAGUUGCUUCCAUUUGUUCAUCAGAAAGCCAUUGAGACGUGUCCAUUUCCAAGCAAUUCAGAACAUUCAGGGAUAUUGUUUUCUACCUCCUUGCUUGAUCGGUAUGCAGGGGGAAGUGUGGAAUGGCCUGCAUUUGAAUGGCUGCACAUUGACUGCUUUCCCAAUUUGAUUCAACUUGCCUCUCUUUUACCUCAAAAGGAAGAUAAUCUAAGAAAUCGAAUCACAAAGCUUUUGUUGGCUGUAUCUGAACUUUUUGGAGAUGAUUAUCUGACACACAUUAUGCUGCCAGUAUUCUUGGUAGCAGUUGGUGAUAAUGCUGAUUUCAAAAUUUUCCCUUCCACAAUCCAGUCAAGAAUCAGAGGAUUGAGACCGAGAACUGGUGUAGCUGAGAGACUUGCUACUCUGUGUGUCUUACCACUUCUAUUGGCGGGGGUGUUAGGAUCUCCAAGCAAACAAGAACAAUUGACAGAGUACUUGAGAAAUCUGUUAGUUCAAAGUGCAGUGCAGGAGGGUCAGCCAAUGAAGCACCAUGCUGAGAUUGUAAACUCUGUCCGCUUCCUCUGCACAUAUGAAGCACAUCAUAAUAUGAUUUUCAAUAUCUUGUGGGAAAUGGUUGUGUGCUCCAAUAUAAAUAUGAAAAUCAGUGCCACCAAUCUGUUGAAAGUUAUUGUACCAUAUAUUGAUGCUAAAGUGGCUUCCACUCAUGUUGUGCCUGCUCUUGUCACUCUUGGCUCUGACCAAAACUUGAACGUAAAAUAUGCAAGCAUUGACGCAUUUGGAACUGUGGCACAGCAUUUUAAAAAUGACAUGAUCGUGGACAAAAUACGUGUUCAAAUGGAUGCUUUUCUUGAAGAUGGAUCACAUGAAGCUACAGUUGCUGUGGUCCGUGCAUUGGUGGUGGCUGUCCCACAUACAACAGAUAGACUUAGAGAUUAUCUAUUAUCAAAGAUUUUCCAACUUACAACCACACCACCUCCAUCAAGUGAUGUGAUGCGUCGCCGUGAGAGAGCUAAUGCAUUUUGUGAAUCCAUCCGUGCUCUAGAUGCUACAGAUCUUCCAGCAACUAGUGUUAGGGAUUUGCUCCUACCGGCAAUACAGAAUUUGUUGAAAGACACUGAUGCCCUUGAUCCAGCACAUAAAGAAGCACUCGAAAUCAUAAUGAAGGAAAGAGCAGGUGGAACUUUUGAGGCUAUUAGUAAGGUGAUGGGUGCUCAUCUCGGGCUUGCCUCAUCUGUGACCAGUUUCUUUGGCGAUAGUGGGCUAUUGGGCAAGAAGGAAACUGGAGACCCACCACCGGUGGAGCCUGUUGAAAGCCCAAAGCCUGUCCCACAACCCCCUGUUGAGGACACAAGAUUUAGGCGAAUUAUGAGGGGAGGUUUCACAGACAUGCUCAGAGGCAAAACUAACGAGCAAUGAGGAAACUCGCUCAGGCCAAUGAAAUUAAACCGUUUUUUUUUUUCUUUACAAAAAUCAUUGGCGAAGUGGAAGCUGAAAGAUUGUUUUGUUUUUAUAUUCUUCCAUGCCAAGAACAUUUUUUCUCCAUAUACACAACUUGGAAAAUUUUGUAUUUGAUUGACUAGUGGAAUAAAAGUUUGUCUUUACUUUCA